GACACUCUCCCUGGAAACUGGCCUUGCCUGUUCUGUGUCUACUGUGUUGGGCCUGUGUCUCUAAAGGCCCAGAGCCCCUGGGGAUGACCAGCAGCUUCACCCACCACCCCCAACCUGGGGCCUAAUAAGGAAUUUGAGUCAUCAGAACCUUCCCAUGUCCAGAGCCUUCCCAUGUCCAGACCUGGCUGGUUCGGCUUGUACCCAGGAAGACCGAACAUGAGCCAGUGGGGACUGAGACCGUGAUGUCAGCUCAGGAGCUCGUGGCCUGCCUCUGCCAGGAGGGGGACAAGCACCUGGCCCUGGAGGAGCUUCCCUUAGCCACAGCCUUCUAUCUGGCCGCCUUCAGCUGCCAUGCGCCUUCAGCCGUGCGGCAUGUACGGGCUCUCCUGGCUGAGUCGCCAGGGGCACCUGUGGUGGCCACCCUGGAGUCCUGGUGUUGUGGGGACAGCCAAAUCCCUGCUAUCCACUGGGAUGGCAUGACGGUGGUCUCCCUGACUGGGCCACUGGCCUCUGCCUUCCUCGGUGCCAUUUGCCCGGAUCACCCUGCCACUGUCCUGUACCUUUUGGCUGGCCUGCUGGCCCAAGGACGUCAUGUGGAAGUGGUGCAGCGCUGUAACACUCUGCUGGAUGCACACUCCAAGCAGGCCCUGGAGCUUCAGCUGACACGUGCCCUGGCCUGGGUUCUGUCUGUGGACCAGGCCAGAGAGGGCAUAGCUGCCUAUCUUCAGAACUUUGCCUCCAGCGCAGCCCGGACAGUGGCCUUCAUUCGUAGCCACCAGCAGCCCUACCUCCCCAGGUUGCUUGGCAGCCUCCAGAACUACCUCUCAGGACACCCGAAAACCAGUGCCAGCCAGCAAGAGACCAACUGCCGGGGACUACUGGAGGCCCUGGAUCCCAGAGGCAGCUGGAUGGGUGCCAUGUCACCGGAAGCUCUGCUUCGCAGAGGCCGGUUUGAGGAUUGCAGGGCGGCAUGUAGCCGGGACCUUCAGCCUGACUCAACAGGGAGUAGACCCCAAGGUGAGCACCUGGCGGCCCUGCUGAUCACCCGAGCGGCCGCCACCUUCUUCCAGGAUGGACCAGCUGGGGACAUGCUGCGGGACCUACAGGAGGCCUUCUGCGAGAGCCCCGCCGGCGCACGGAAGCAGUUCCAGGCCCUGCUGUCCGCGGAGGACCGCGAACGCCUGCAGGCACAGGCGCAGGAGGCCGCGGGCCUGGGCUUUGCCCGCUUCCUGGAGGCUGUGCGAAGCCGCGAGCUGCGCCGGGAUGCGGACCGCGAGCUCUUGGUUCCCGUGACGCGCGCGCUCCGCGUCCUGCUUCGCGUGGCACCUGCCCGACGGCGACCAGCGCUGGGCAUCCGCCUGGCCGAGUGCCUGCUGCUGGCCGGGGACGUGGCGGGGGCUCGCGCGCAGUGUGAGCGCCUCCUCCGUCCCAGGCGUCCGGGGGAGCGCGCGGGGGACCGCACCGGAGAGCACGCGCCGCUGCUAGCGCUGCGCGGCUUCUGCGCGCUGCACGCGGGCGAUGCGCGGCGCGCGCGCGAGGACUUCCAGGCCGUGGUGGAGCGCGCGGCGCCACACGCGGGAGGCUGCGUGCGCGCGCUGUGCGGCCGAGGGCUGCUACGCGUGCUGGCGGGUAGCGCCUUCCUGGGCGCGCUGGACUAUGUCACCGCCUGCCGGCUGCGACCAGAGGAGGCGCUGCUGAUCGCCAAGGCCUACGUGCCCUGGAACCAGCGAGGGCUGCUGCUGACCGUGCUGCGGGAGGAGGGCCGCAAGAUGCUGCUGCGCUCGCCGAGCUACGCGGGGAAGGCUGCGCAGGCGCAGGAGGGGGAUGCCUAUGGUGUUUACCAGCUGGCCACGCUGUUAAUUGGGAUGGAUGCAGAGGACGAGACUUCCUGCCUCUUGGCGGCUGAUGCCCUGUACCGCUUGGGCCGUCUGGAUGAUGCUCACAAAUCCCUGCUGGUGGCUCUUUCCCAGAGGCCCCAGGCAGCCCCUGUGCUGGUGCGGCUGGCCCUACUUCAGCUGCGGAGGGGCUUCUGCUAUGAUGCCAACCAGCUAGUAAAGAAGGUAGCCCAGUCUGGAGACACUGCCUGCCUCCAGCACAUGCUGGACAUCUUCCAUCAUGAGGACCUGCAGCUGCUGCAAGACCACUGCCAUACACGGGCAUUAAGCAUUCUGCGGGCUCGGCCAGGUGGGUCAGACAGCGAGGCCCACACCAGGGAAGCCAUCGCCUAUCUCUCUUUGGCCAUCUUUGCUGCAGGGAGUGGAGGCAGUGAGUCCCUCCUCGUCCGAGCCCGCUGUUACGGGCUCCUGGGUCAGAAGAAGACAGCCAUGUUUGAUUUCAACGCCAUACUUCGGGAGGAACCAGGAAAUGUGAAAGCUCUGUGUGGACGAGCUCUCGUGCAUCUGGCCCUGGACCAGCUGCAGGAAGCUGUGGAUGACAUGGUCUCCGCCCUGAAGCUUGACCCGGGCACUGUUAUCCCAGAGAUUCUCUCCCUGAAGACAGAAGUUCAGUUGCCCCUCACCCAGGGCCUGUACACGCGCUGCCGGGUCCUCCUGAACCAGUGUCUGCACACUGGGGUGCCCCUCAGGGAAGAGGACACUCAAGGCCUCCUUGCCAUGGGGAAGGCACUGAUUAGAAUAAAUGCUACACAGCCCAGUUGGCGCCUGCUUCUCACAGACAUCCUUACAGGACUGGGCAAGUAUCAGGAGGCCGGCACCCAUUUGCAAGAAGCGCUACACCUCACCCCAUCAUCAGAGGCUGCCCAGGCCCGGCAAGGCUUGCUCCAGCUUAAAAAAGGAGAUGUGUCAGCUGCUGUCCAUGGCUUGCAGUGCCUGGCAGAGAGAGAUACUCAGGACCUCGGCUUCCUGUUAUGCCUCCUUGACUCCCCAGAGCGGCAGAGUCUUGUGCAGACCGCUGCCAAGGAAGCAAGCAACAUCUUGGAUUUAGGGAAUCCGGGGCAGGCACUAAGCUACUGUUCUUUGGCCAUCCUGGCUGGGGGCAACAAUCCUUACCAUCUGCGUCUCCGGGUGGCCUGCUUGACCCAGCUGCAGGAGUAUGACAGGGCACUCAGGGACCUGGACCGGGUGCUGCAGCACCCUGCAGAGGACAGCGACCUGCCAAGACAGUCGGAAGAUUUCUGCACCCGGGGUCGACUGCUUCUGAGCCUGGGGGAUAAGGAUGGAGCCGCAGGGGCCUUUACCCAGGCUUUGGCCCUGGCACCAGCCCAGGCUCAAAACAGCCUGUUGGAGCAACCAGGCCAGGCCAUGACAGCCAGUGUGUUCCUGAUCCAUGGCCAGCGCUGUCUAGAGGAGGAGCACUUUGAGGAGGCCUGGACAGCAGUCCAGAAUGGACUCCUAGUGGACCCCAGCCACAGUGGGCUAAAGAAACUGAAGCUGAGAACUCGCAAGGUGGCCACCUCUGGCUGCAGACUACACUAACCUGCUUGACUCCUCCAGGGACCCAGUGCCCAUGCCAGCAAGCACAGCCCAGGCAGCCCCUUCCCUCAUAAGGCCGAGAGACCUCAGGCUUCCACUCAGCCUACUGUCCAAAGUGUCAGCGUGUGAUUUGGUGCAUCUGAGCUGAGACAGCUUUAUGUGGGCAAACUUCCCAUCCAGUCUCGAUCUCUGCCAGUGGGCUCCAGCCUGUCACCUUCACUACCACCAUCACCAAAGCUGUCACCAAAGCUGUCACAGGGGCCAGGCUGGAGCACUUCAUGCACUCACAAUGGACAGGACUGCUUGGCAUGACAUGGCAAACCUCUUCCUUAGCUUCUACUGUGAGGAGAGUGGGGUCUGAGACUUCCCUUUGCCCUGGGCUGCCUUCUCCGCACCUUCCUCCUGCAGUCCUUUUAGCACCGUUGAAAGCCACCGUCUGACCUACACAAACCAACCCCCCAACUCAGAUACAGGAUUCCUGAGCCUGCCCACCCCCAGGCAGUGAUGAAGUGACUGGAUAGGAUUAGCAAUCCCUUCUUAUGAAAGCCUCACCUGCCCUGACAUCCUUUCAUGGUCCGGGAGCCCUCCUCCCUACUGCUGUAAUACCUGAGACCUGCCAAGCUAUGCCUCCGUGUGUUCCAUAGGAGGUCCCAGAAAGGCUCUUCUGUGAGGCACACCCUGGUUCCUGCCACCCUUCCCCACCAUGAUCUCUAGGAUAGUCUGGUGCACAUCUCCACCGGGUUACCCUUUCACCCACCUCAUGUCCAUCUCUCCACCUGGGUGUCCCUUGGCACUGCAGACACCUGCGUUCAUCCAGCAGCACCAAGGUCAAGCAGUUGUCACCUGGGUGUGCCCUCGCAUCCUGUGCCUUUGCUGGCUUUCAGCCUAAGGUACCCUGUCAUGCCCAUUCCCUCCAGAACACCUCAGCCUUUACAUUCUAAACAUGAAGGAACUCAGAUCUGGCAGAGCUCCUCCCGGCUACCAGGGGCAUCACUCAGCACCUCAUGGUCUCCUGAGGUCUUAGCUCGCUCUCUCUCUGCCACUGAUCUGGCACCUUGCUGUGGUCUGAAUGGGUUCCCAGAAAUCCAUGCAUUGAGACCCCACCACUGAUGGGGUGUUGCCAGAAUGUGGGUCUUGUGGGUGGGGAGGAGUUAGGUUGUGAUGAUGGAGCCCUAAAGAUUGGGGUCUGUGGCUUUGAAGGCACUUCAGCCCACCCAUGUAUGAGUACUGAGUCGGGGAGUGCCACCUACAAACCAGGCUGCAGGCCUGUCCCCACAUACCUACCAGGGCUCCUCCUUGGAGUUCUCCUUCCACAGCCAUGAGAAAUAAAUCUCACUUGAUAAGG